CUGAGUUUUUGGGACGAGUUUUUCUACCCCGUUGCAACGACAUUCUUUCCUUUUGCUAUUUUAAUGACUUGUUUAAGGAAGACUUGUGUCGGAAACCGUGCGUAUGAAAUUGGGAAUUGGUUUGGGCUCUGCGUCUGAAAGAUGACUUCCUGAAAUAAGACAACAGGGGACUUCCCUUCACAUGCUGAUAAAAUUUUCCUGGUGACUUAAAAAAAUCUCAAUUUGGUGAGGUUAAGUCCAAAGCAGGUCAACUCUACGUCACAUGGCAAAAUGUAUCAAAUUAUUGUAAACAGAUCAAUGCGGUCGAUGCGAUCGAGAUUAAGUAUGCAGUGACUGAUUACAUACACAGAGAGAGAGAGAGAGAGAGAGAGAGAAGGUGAUGAUGAUGAUGAUGAAGGCUAUGUGGGAGACUGCAAAGGAAAUGACGUUGCAGAGGAUCACCAUGUCAUACCAACUCCGUUCCGCAGCUCUUCUCCUUCCAAAUCAGUUGGAUGGUCUGUGUGUGAUCGUCACGGGCUCCACCAGCGGCAUUGGUUAUCACACAGCCAGAGAACUUGCUUUCGCCGGCGCGCACGUGAUAAUGGCUUGCCGGAGAGUUGAUGCGGCGAAGAAGAUUGCUGAACGAUGGCAAGCAGACCUGGACGAUAGCAAGACCCUGCAUGUCGAGGUGAUGGAACUGGACUUAAUGUCCCUCAGCUCAGUCAGGCAAUUCGCAGCUGAGUGGGAUCAAAGUGGAAAGCCUCUUCAUAUUCUCAUCAACAAUGCCGGGAUUCUUCUCCUGGGAGAACCGAGGCAAUUUUCAGAGGAUGGAAUCGAGAAGCAUAUUCAAGUUAACCACGUUGCGACCUCGCUGCUCACCCUCCUUCUGCUCCCUUCCAUGCUCAAAGCCAACUCCGCUCGCAUUGUAAAUGUCAAUUCCCUGGGACAUCACUGGGGAGUUGUGGAACCCAAGUCCUGGAAAAUGGGUGCCGACGAAGAACCUAAGUUCAGCAGCAUGAUGUCCUACGGAUCAAGCAAACUAGCCCAGCUCAUGUUUCUAAAGGCUCUAAGCAUAAAACUCGUAAGUAUGGCAAAGACUUCAGUACUAUGUGUAGCUGUGCACCCUGGUAUCGUCGAAUCAAACCUGCUGCCAGACGGCAGGAUGAGAGGAUUUUGGAUGUUGGAUCCUUCUGAAGGGGCAAGAAACGUCCUAUUUUGCUCCGUUGGAGCUGAUGUGCCGUGCAACACCACCGAUAACUUUGCAUACUAUAGCCGGUGCAAGCCUGGAAUGAUGUCGAGCCUUGCAGAUGAUCCGAAGGAAUGCUGGAGAGUUUGGGAUGAAACACUGCGCAUACUGGGUUUAAGUCCCAACGACUAUCUGUCUGAAGUUAUCGCAAGCGGAAGCUCCUCUUGACCACUACCUGUUGAAUGAUCUUUCUUCCCUUCCCUUAUGUUGCGCAGAGACAAGACAUACGUUCAAUAUGGUUGGGGAAUGAAAUGUUGAACAGAGAAUUGCAGUAUAAGUACGAUUAAUUUUCAACA